UGCUCACUCUCUAUCAUCAGUCAUCACUUUACAUUUUCUUUCUUCCCUCCCAUCCUCGAAAUUUCUCACAAACUCUGCUCACUUCUCAGUUCUCACCCAACAACUCUUCCGUACCAGUCAUUCUCUCUGUCUCUCUUCAACAAUUUCUCUCUCCUAUUUUCCAUUUCACUGAUUUCUGUUCAUCUUACAAACCUGAAAGAUCUUCAAUUUGAGUCAACGGGAUUUCAAUUUUUAUCCAGUUUCCCCAAAAUUUUGUCGAUUUUUUGAAUGAAAAAGACACAAUUAUCUUUUGAUUUUGUCUUGAUCACUCGCGGUUGAUCCACAGUUAUGCAGUCUGGAUUUGAUACAAAUGAACUGCUACGAGCUGCUCAGACUCGUUGGCUAAAACCUGCGGAAGUGCUUUUCAUUUUACAGAAUCAUGAAAACUACAAGAUAACCCAGGAGGCUCCUCAAAAGCCACCGAGUGGUUCUUUAUUUCUUUUCAACAAGAGGGUUCUUAGAUUUUUCCGGAAAGAUGGCCAUAGUUGGCGGAAAAAAAAGGAUGGCAGAACUGUUGGGGAAGCACAUGAACGUCUCAAGGUUGGAAAUUCUGAAGCUUUGAAUUGCUAUUAUGCACAUGGAGAGGAGACUCCGAAUUUUCAGAGGCGUAGUUACUGGAUGUUGGAUAGGGUGCAUGAGCACAUUGUUCUUGUUCAUUACAGAGAUAUCACAGAGGGGAAGCUAAGUUCUGGAUCCAUUACAGACUUGUCACCGGGAACAUCUUCUAUAAUAAGUCAGAGCCCAAGUACAUACACUAUGCAAAAUCCAGGAUCGUCUUGUUUGAGUGACUUUCGUGAAUCAUACCAGAGUUACCCAAGCCCUGGAUCCAUAGAAGUUAGCUCAGAUGCAAUAAUGGGGAAAGGGAUUGACUGCUUAAAUGAGUCAAAUACAACUGAAAAUUUGAGUAUGCGGUCUGAGUUUGAUGUUAACCAGGCUCUACGACGUCUAGAAGUGCAAUUGAGCUUGGAUGAUGACUGCCUCAAAGAAUAUGCUCCACUUGAUGAUCAAAACAGGAAUGAAGAUGUGUAUGGAGAGCUGGAUGAUCAGUAUGGAAGUAGAUAUGCCGGAGCGUGGGCUAAUUCAAAUGGUCCUUCACAACAAAAUCAAGGUGGCAGUGAAGUGCAUCACCAUGUUACUUCUGGCAUGGGAAGCGUUCAAAAUGGUGAACCUUUAUUCUGGAAUGAUUUCCUUGAUUUGUCCAAGGGUUUCCCAAAUCAGAAGGCAGAAGGGGACAAAGAAUACAUUGCAGUUGCUAAUGGAAAGGAAGUAUCUUCCUCUGGGAGGCCAGCUGAGCCGGAAAAUCACCCUGAAGAUUAUGGGGGUCAUAUUGCUGGAAAAUGGACUGAAGCAGCCAAGGAUACGGAUACCUUAGUGUAUUCCUCUCAAUUAUAUCCUGCCACCCCAGAGUUGUCCACCAUGUUGCUUGAUCCGAGUCUAGGAAAGUCUCUUGGUACUGAUUUAAGCUUGACAGUCGCGAAGGAACAGAGAUUUUCCAUUCAUGAAAUAUCUCCAGAAUGGGGAUUUACCAAUGAUUCAACAAAGGUCAUUAUUAUUGGAUCUUUUCUGUGUGAUCCGUCAAUGUCUAAGUGGAUGUGCAUGUUUGAUGAUGUUGAAGUUCCACUGCAAGUUGUCCAGAAUGGCGUCCUUUGUUGCCAGGCUCCUCCGCAUUCGUCAGGAAAGGUGACCCUCUGCAUCACUUCUGGGAAUCGAGAGUCCUGCAGUGAGAUUAGAGAGUUUGAGUACCGUGAUAAGCAUAAUACGUGUGUAAAUUGUGAUAAACAUGAAGGGGAAGUAACUAGAAGUACAGAUGAGAUGUUGUUACUCGUCCGAUUGGUGCAACUGCUUUUCUCAAAUUCACAUCUUCAACAAGGAGAAAACAAUGAAUUGGGAGUUGACAAACAAAAGACUGAUGGUGAUAUGUGGGAUCAAGUCAUUGAAGGUCUCUUAGUUGGUGGUGCUACUUCCAGUGACACCCUUGAUUGGCUGUUGCAACAACUUCUGAAAGACAAACUACAGCAAUGGCUUUCCUCCAAAUCCGUGGAAGGAGAAGCAUGCGGUGAUUGUUUCUUGUCGAGAAAGGAACAAGGAAUAAUUCACAUGAUUGCUGGGUUGGGCUAUGAGUGGGCUUUGAACCCGGUUUUGGGAUGUGGAGUGGGCAUAAACUUUCGUGAUAUCAACGGUUGGACUGCCCUGCACUGGGCCGCAAGAUUUGGAAGGGAAAAAAUGGUUGCUGCUCUUAUUGCUUCCGGAGCAUCAGCUGUGGCUUUGACUGAUCCCAGUUCACAUGAUCCUUCUGGCAGAAUUGCAGCAUACAUUGCCGCAGCAAGUGGGCACAAGGGACUUGCUGGUUAUCUCUCUGAACUGGCGCUAACUAGCCACCUCUCGUCCCUCACACUAGCAGAAAGUGAACUCUCCAAAGGCUCUGCUGAUGUGGAGGCUGAAUUAACUGUUUGCCUUUCAAAGGAGAACAUCAACACAACUGAUCAGGAUCAACUUUCGCUAAAACACACCUUGGCAGCAGUUAGAAAUGCAGCUCAGGCUGCUGCACGAAUCCAAUCAGCAUUUCGUGCCCAUUCCUUCAGAAAGAGGCAAUAUAGGGAAGCGACUAGCUCAGAAGUUGCUGCUGAUCUGGAUGACUAUGGUUUCACUAUAAAUGACAUUCAGGGACUUUCUGCUGCAUCGAAAUUGGCGUUUCCCGGUUCGCAUGACCACCAAAAAGCUGCGCUAUCUAUUCAGAAGAACUAUCGGGGCUGGAAAGAUCGUAAAGACUUCCUAACUUUGCGCCAAAAAGUAGUGAAGAUACAGGCUCAUGUGAGAGGUCAUCAAGUUCGAAAGAAGUACAGGGUUAUUUGCUGGGCGGUUGGUAUCCUAGAGAAGGUUGUACUGCGUUGGCGUCGUAAAGGAGCUGGUUUGCGAGGAUUUAGACCUGAGUCAGAUACUGUUGACGAAGACGAAGAUGAUGAUGAUAUUAUCAAGGUCUUUAGGAAAGAAAAGGUCAAUGUUGCUAUUGAUGAUGCUGUCACAAGAGUGCUAUCCAUGGUUGAAUCUCCAGAAGCCCGCCAGCAAUAUCAUCGCAUGCUUGGAAGAAUUGAAGAAGCUAAGGCUGAGUUGCGAGGCCUAACAAGUUCAGGGGCCUCAGAUUCACCAGAUGGUGUUUCCAGCAUGGAUAAUGAUGAUUUCCUCAACAUUUCUUAAAAGUUCUGUGCUGAUCCGCCUUUGUAGAUUGAUUACAUGACUUGUCUAACUCGAGCUUGCUAGAUCGGUUUGGAUCCAGCUUUAGUUUACUCUGAGAUCGUAUAAGAGGUAUAUAUUUUGAAUAGAUAGCAGAUGUAUUUGUGUUCUUUCUUGAAAUUAACUAUUCUAAACCAAAUCUCAAAUCGGAACAGCUAGUGCUACUGUAUACAGAUUUUCAUAAGUUUUUGUCUUUCUUCUUUUCUUUCAAGGAAAUAAGAUGUUCAUAAGUUGAUGUAAAUGUUUGUAUAUAAAUGGUGGGUGUAACAAUAUUCACCUUUAACAUUGGCUAGUGGAACUGAAUUUGCAUAUGGCAUUUUGAUCA